AAACUGCUGUGUAUCCAGACAAAAAUAACAGCCUGGAAAUAGUGCUGAGGCAGUCUGCCGGCCUCUGUGUGGAAGCUAAAGCCACCAUGCAGAUGCUGACCAAGUGCUACCGCAGGAACUGCCUCCUGACUGUCAUGGACCAGCACUUGGCCAUGGUGUGCAACAUGAAACAGCUGGUGAUGAUCCCCGGCCUUCUGUGGGAUGUGCAGCUGAGUGUUCAUGGGUGCCAGGUAGGUGGGGCUCCCGAUCUCUACAACUACUUCACCAUGCUCAAGGCCAUCUGCAUGGAUGUGGAACAUGGGCUGCUGCCCUGGGAGGAGUAGAAGGCCAAGGUGGCAGGUGGCAAAGCCAACGAAGCUGAGAAUGAAGCUGCAGAGACAGAGGAGGCCGAGGAGGAGAGGGUCUUGGGGCAGCUGGACCUGGAAGCCUAGUUCCACCUGCACUUCUCCAGCCUUCCUCACAUCCUCACCCACCUUACCCUGAAAGCCAAGGAGGUGACGAGGAAAUACCAGGAGAUAAUGGGACAGCCCAUAGAGGCCUCGGACUCUAGGAAAGGUAAGGGUGGCCAUGCUUGUGGGUGUCAGAGUCCACUGAGGGCCAUCCCAGGGGAGGAAAUAGAGCAGUGGUGAACCCAGUGCGAGAGGGAGAGCCUGGCUCUCAGACAAAGCCACCCUCACUUUGGGAUAUUGGGACCAUGACCUGGGAAGGUCCAAGGCCAGGCCUGCCUUACUCUCCUUCUGACCCAGAAUUGCUUACUCCACAUGAUAGAAGGCAGACUCUGUGAUGAGGACAUGGAGCAGUUCACUAGCCUGAUGAUGAUAAGACCAGAAAGACCUGGACUCGCAGCUAGAAGUGAAGGCGACUUGGAUGUCUGGGAUGCUUCCCUACCUGCCUCUGAGAACCAAUUCGUGGACUCAUCACUGGGUCACCUUUAGGUUGCUUGUUGCUAUUCACAACUCGCCUUGCUCCUCUUACUAGCUUGGGGUGGUAGCCAAUGGUUCAUGAGGGACCACAUGUCACCUGGCCAGCGUGUUACAGCAGAAAGAGAAGUUUUAGCAUCUGACUAAUCGAAGUUCACAUCCUUCCCUUUUUGCAGUCAUUCACUGUGAUCUUGGGCAAGUUAUUUAACCCACUGUAGCCUAAAUUUCCUCAUCUAUAAAAUGGGGAUAGUGUUACCUACCUCAAAAGUUGUUAU